AUGGGUGGAAAUUCAAUCUCCAAAGUGGUUUCUUCUCUGACCACCAAAACCACAACACUUUCAAAGCAUGGGAGUGCCGCAUUAACAUCAUCCUCUCGUUCGAGUAGUGGUAGUAGUAGUAGUAAUAGUACUUCAACUGCUGCUCAUCGGAAUAUUCAUCAUCAUGACACGACUACGAUGACUACUACUUGGAACCAUGACACGUUACGAAAUGAUCAUGACUCCUUUCAACAACAACAACAAAUAAUACUCAUGGCACAACAUCAAGCUUCUAAACCCAUUGGAGAUUCAAAUCGAAAAAUUCGUAUUGUGAAUUUUGAUUUACCUGACCAAGAUGUGAAAUAUGUUUCUAAAGAAGAUUAUGAUGUCAUGAAAGAAUGGAAUGAUCGUGUUACACAAUAUGGUCAAGAAGGAUUAAAACAAGUGGAAAUGGAAAUGAAUGAAAUUAAUCAAGUGAAUUUAGACCAUAGAAAAUUAUUACAACAAGAAGAAUUGAAAGAACAAUACAAGAUAUCGAGAGGAGUAGCAGCUGAUAAGAAUAUAGAUAUGAUGAAUGAUGAUGACGAUACUCUUCAUACGAAAAAUACCUCUCCAUUAUUAACUCCUGAACAAGAAUUACUCAUUCAAUUGAGUGGAAAUACCAUUCCAGUAAGAGAUUUGACUUGUCCAUCUAAACUCAAUCAAGACAAGACUAGUGUCCAUCAAGAUCUUCAAGACCAUUUGAAUGUCAAUGAGAAUCUAAAUUCAAAUCUAAAUAUGAAUCUAAAUAUGAAUCUAAAUAUGAAUCUAAACUCAAAUGUCAAUGAGAAUGUAAACACGAAUGUAAACUCAAAUCUAAACUCAAAUACGAAUGUAAACUCAAAUGAACGUGCGCAAGACAUGAAUCUUGUGAGUCAAGAAAAGGAUAUUGAUUUUGUUCAGUCUCUACAUUCUCUCACUACUCAAUUACAAGUUCAAGUGAAUGAAAUUCCUCAAACUAGUGUUGAAGAUUACAAAAAGAUUGUUGGAAAGGCUCGUGCUCGUCCACUCUUUGAAGAAUUACACUCGGAUCAACAAGAAGAUCGAAUUUAUCUUGCUCAUCAUAAUAAUUUAAAUUUAAGUGAAGAGAAGGAACAAGUCGCUCGUAGAAUGGCAUAUUUAGGACAUAUCAAUAAUCCAAAUUCAAUUAGAAAUCAAUCAUUUCCUGAAACAUUUAGAGAUGUUGAAUUGAGAAGAUUAUGUGAUCAUGUUCGAGAAUUGGAAUUUAAGAAUGAAUCACAAGUGAUUGAACAAGUCAUUCAAGAGUUUGCACGACAACAUUCCAUGAACGUUGAAACUCUCAAAAAUAUUUUGAAAUAUGUGAAUAGUGUUUAUGUAUUUGCUCCAAUGGCAAGUCGAGAAGUUGAAUCUUAUGGAUUUUGGAAUAAGAUUGAUCGAAUUUGA